AAAAAACAAAGCUAGAAGACCUCUCUCUCUCUCUCUCUCUCUCUGUGUAGGUCUCCCAAAAAGUAGAAGGUGAAGAAGAGAAACCACCUAAUAUUGUAGUCCAAUCAAGUUGUGACAUAUCAGAUAUGAUAUGACGUAGCCCUGUGGCCACCCACCACCAUUUGGUCGUCUUCCUCCAUCUACCUCAUCAUCUAAUUCUAAUCCAACACCCAGUCACCCACCCAAAGACCCCAUCCAAUUGUUCUACACUAACACUACGCCAUUAUUACCUUAGUAGCUCAAAAUAACCAAACCAAACCGAAAUCAUAAGUCUUUUUUGUCAUUAAUAUUCUCACAUGGAUCACAAGCAACACUCUUCUUCAUCAUCAUCAUCAACAUCGUCCAAGACCAAAGAUUUGGAUGCUGCGCUCCAUAACACGGGCUUCCAGAUUGAAGAAGUAUCAGCUCACAGACUCAGCGGCCGUCUCCAUGUUACCGAAAAGUGCUGUCAGCCAUUCAAGGUGUUACAUGGUGGAGUAUCGGCACUGAUAUCAGAGUCCCUGGCAAGCAUCGGAGCUCAUAUGGCCUCUGGUUAUCAAAGGGUUGCUGGAAUUCACCUCAGCAUCAACCAUUUGAAGAGCGCUAGGCUUGGUGAUAUCGUCCUUGCUGAAGCUUCCCCAAUCACUGUUGGCAAAACCAUUCAGGUUUGGGAGGUACGACUAUGGAAGAUUGAUCCCUCAAACUCAAAAUCAAACAGCAAAUCCUUGGUAUCAUCAUCCAGAGUUACCCUUUUAUGCAAUAUGCCGGUGCCAGAGCAUGCAAAAGAUGCUGGUGAAGUUCUCAAGAAGCAUGCAGCAAAACUAUGAGUCUGCAGAUUAGGACAAUAAUUGAAAGAUUUAUAAAUCUCCUCAUACAGGAAUAUCUUCCUCCUUUUUUUUUUUUUUUUUUUUUUUUUUUUUUUUUUUUGUAACAAA